UCCACGCAAAUCUAAAAGUCCCUAUACAAGUUUGAUACCGAAAAGGCAAUAUCACUGCACAUCUGCUUUAUACAGCGUGUUCUUCAUACUCUACUGCAGUCAUAUUAUACAGGCGAUUCUUCUAGGACAUCAUGUUUUGUUCGACUAUCAGCCGUCUCUUCCUUUGCCCUUUGGCAACAGUGUUGAUACUCUAUGCUGCUAUAUCGCAUGGAUCAGGAAUAGAAUCUAUCACUGUUCAGAAUAGUCCGUCCUACAUCAACAUUUCUUGGGCGACAGCAGCAGGGUCAUCAUGGGACUACUACACUGUGGAUGUUAUCAAAUCAUCCCAAAGAAGCGUGGGUGGAUAUCCAACCAACACCAUCGACACGACACAUCUGAUAACCGGACUCAAACCUGAAGAACAAUGCACAAUAGUUGUCACACCAUGGACUACUGAGGGCGCUGGACGUUCAUUGAAUAUAACCGUUACUACAGAGGCAAUUGCUGAAGGAGAGAUAUUGGUGUCUGAUGUUACGUCAUCAUCGGCUUUUAUCCAAUGGAAACCUGUCGCUGGACUCUUCUUCUAUGGCAUGGAGGCUGAACCAAGUGAUGCCAUUGAGGAUACAGGGGGUAUCUUUGAAGCUGAGGUCGGACUGACCAUUCUACUUCCAGGAACAGUGUUUACCGUGACUUUAAGAGGUGGUAGUCCAGUCAUGGACCUGGCAUCAACGCAAAUAAGAAGCGCACCCGAGAGUCCAGUUAACGUUUCUCUUAAAGAAAUUGGUACGACUGAAGCGACCCUCUCCUGGACCCCUCCGACCAGCCCACAUGACGCAUACGAGUUCUACGUCAUUAAUAAUUCAACCAAUGAGAGAUCACCCACUACAACUAAACAGCGUGGUGACGUCAGUGAUAACGAGGUGACGUUGACUGGUCUCUCUCCUGCUACCAUCUAUUCAUUUGGAGUUGGAUCUGUAUUGAACGCCAUGGAUUCCUUCGGAUUGCAGAGGAGUGGUCAAGAUGAUAACCCGACAGUGUACGGUCGAACUGAAUCUAUCACUGUUCAGAAUAGUCCGUCCUACAUCAACAUUUCUUGGGCGACAGCAGAAGGGUCAUCAUGGGACUACUACACCGUGGAUGUUCUCAAAUCAUCCCAACAAAGCGUGAAUGGAUAUCCAACCAACACCACCGACACGACACAUCUGAUAACCGGACUCAAACCUGAAGAAAAAUACAAAAUAGUUGUCACACCAUGGACUACUGAGGGCGCUGGAAAUUCAUUGAUUAAAACCGUUACUACAGAGGCCAUUGCUGAAGGAGAGAUAUUGGUGUCUGAUGUUACGUCAUCAUCGGCUUUUAUCCAAUGGAAACCUGUCGCUGGACUUUCCUUCUAUGACAUGGAGGCUGAACCAAGUGAUGCCAUUGAGGGUACAGGGGGUAUCUUUGAAGCUGAGGUCGGACUGACCAUUCUACUUCCAGGAACAGUGUUUACCGUGACUUUAAGAGGUGGUAGACCAGUCAUGGACCUGGCAUCAACGCAAAUAAGAAGCGCACCCGAGAGUCCAGUUAGCGUUUCUCUUAAACAAACUGGUACGACUGAAGCGACCCUCUCAUGGACCCCUCCAACCAGCCCACAUGACGCAUACGAGUUCUACGUCAUCAAUAAUUCAACCAAUGAGAGAUUACUAAUUCCAAAUAAACAGCGUGAUGACGUCAGUGAAAACGAGGUGACGUUGACUGGUCUCUCUCCUGCUACCAUCUAUUCAUUUGGAGUUGGAUCUGUAUUGAACGCCACGGAUUCCUUCGAAUUGCAGAGGAGUGGUCAAGAUGAUAACCCGACAGUGUACGGUCGAACUGGACCAGAGGCUCUGCAGAGGAUCGAGUUAAUCGCUGUCAGCGACGAUUCUGUCACGGUAAUGCUGACACCCCCAAGAAGCCGCCAUAAUGGAUACGAGCGCUUCCUCUUCAAUCCACCCACCACUGAUUCACCACGUAUCACGACCAUACAGAGAGAAGACGACAUGACUUACAUCUGGACGGAGUCUGGGUUAUCACCUUUUAACGUCUUCACUUUAGAGGUUGGAACGUUUCUCAACGCGGAGGGCCCCUUUCCGAUGCAGAAGAGUGAAGAUAAUCUAUCGUGGACGUUCCAAAAGGAGCCCCAAACGGGUAACUUCUAUGACGGUACAGGGAAUGCCGUCUCACCUACUCUGCAUUACACUCUGCUUAUCAUCCCUGCACUCCUGGCUGUCUUUCUGGUGUGAAGUCAAUGUGACUGUUAUCUGUUUACCCCACGCUUUCGCUGAAAAAUUUAAUGGAGAUGGUGUAGAUAAUUAGAAAUGAUUUUAUGUCACAUCCGAUUUUGUUGUUGUUGUUGACAGUGUCGGUGUUUAUGUCCAGACACCUUUCUCAGACGAUUACUUGCAGACUGUAAUGAGGUACCAGGGGGCAUGCAUAGGCCUACCCAUUGGCUAUCGCCAAAACGUAAUUUUUGGCGAUCGAAGAACUGGCAGCAAACUUUAGUCUGCUACACACAAGUUUAGACUUAGAUAGCGAAAAUAUCACAUAGUAGGUCAAUAAUUUUGGAUGUGUCAUAGUACGUUUUUGUAAUUCAAAAUUAAAUCUAAUUGUAAUGCUAAACAAACAGCUUGACCAAGAUGCCCUGUAUUAACAUUGAUUAACAAUCACAGAAGACUAGUUGAUAUUAGGAUAUGUUACUUGUUUCAAUAUUAACAAGCACGAUUAUUAACAAAGGAAAUAUGAGUAUAGAAAAUUGUGUAUAAAUUACAUUUAAAAAAAAAAAAAAGUAGAUAAGGGAAAAGACAAGGUCAUAUUUUAUUAUUAACAAUACAGGACUAAUACUUCAUAUCAUUCAUGAUGGAAUACGUGAAAAUAUAUUAACGGACACGUUUAGCAUGACGUCUGUUUCGAGUCACAAGGGCGUUAAUUCUUGAAUUUCUUUAAAGUCUUUGACCAUUUGUUUUUAAUCAAAAUAUCAUAGUGUUAUUGCGUAUGAUGGACUUAUGUGGAAUCGCUACUUGUCAUUUCCAAUUUAUUAGGGAAUUUAAGCAAACGUUAUGUAACAUUAGUUGUCAUCAUGAAGUCUAAUCAUCAGUGAUUAUGCGACUCUAGUGUUCUUGUUAGGAAUUAUUGUGGUCUUGUGGACAAGUUACCGGACUAUAGAUCAUUAAGGUCCAAAAUCCGAAUCCUAGCCACGGCGCUAAUGUUAUUUGUAGAUUUACAUUAUGUACGUUAUCUAAAGGCUUAAAUGGCCGAGUUGCUCAUUGGCGAGAUUUCAAAAUAAUUUUUAUAAUUUACCCAUUUGUACUAUUCAUGUUUUGAUUCUUGUUAAUUCUAUGCCAGGUCUACCUCAAACUUUCAUGCAGUAUAUUCUCUUGAAGUUCAUGGUUCCACUACAGUGCACCAUAGUUUUUAUUCAUAUAUAGUCUAACUUGUCAUAAAUGAUAUCAUACCGGAAGUGAAUUGGUAUGAAAGGUCAUAUGAGUUUAAACAGGACGGUGUAUAAGGAUUGUAUGCUAAUAUUUUUCGUGAUACAAAUUGAAAUGCACAGAAAAUAUUAGCAUACAAUCCUUACACACCGUCCUGCUUAACUCAUACCCAUAUGUUUGCCUGUCAACUAUAUAUGUUAUUUUGUGGUAGUUUGGCACAACACAAAUUAAGAGGAUUUGGGGGAAGGGCGGUUUAGGGUAAGGCUGGGCCAAAUAACAUUAAUUUCUAGUUUCUCGUCUCUCCAGCCUUCCCUCGUUAGGUCCGCACCAGUCUGUUAUUACUAUUUUUCUUAUUAUUUGAUAAGGAAUUUGAAAUAAAAUGAAUAAGAAUGUGAUAUCUAGACAACGAGAUUCUGAAGAAGAUAAGAUUUUCCCUUUUUUGUUCCUGCGUACAUUAGUGCAACAAACAAACGAGAAUGAAGGAACAAAAAUGUGUGCGAAAUCGACCCCAUGGCAUUUGUAUAUUAAGGAAAAAUGAAUCCCUUCUCCUUGUUUAAAUAAAAUCGGAUUGUUUUAGGAAUAUUUUUUUACUUGACCCGUGGGAAUUAUUGGCUUUUGUGAUGAAGGAAAAUGUAAAUUUACUCAGAAUUCACUCAGAGGGAAAGACAUAUUAAUGGCAGUUAGUCCCUUUUGCACACUUGUUUAACUUGUUUAAAAUA